CCCGUCCGCCUUGCGCGUUCCCGCCCGCCUGCGCGUUUCCCCCCAAAAAUGCGAGGCGGGUUUGACCGUAUUGCCGACGCGUCCAGGAGUCUGCGGAGGGGGACGCCUCUCUCGCAGGACGCUCGGGGACUGGCGACGCAAAUCUGCCGUGCCGUUCGCGCGCCACCCGGAGAGGAACCGAUGUGGCACCGCGGUCGUUUUGGCGACGGUGGUUCCGAAAGCUGCCGCCUGAGCGCUGCCGAAUGGACCUGUGUUGCCCUGACGCUGGUGGAGAAGGUCACUUCCCGUCUGAUGUGCCGCGGCGUGCCCGCGGAAAGCCGGCGGUGUCUGACGGACGUCUCGGCAGCCCUGUUCCAAGAGCUGGACCUCAUGCCCACGCUUGUUGAUCACUUCCAGUCUGAGGACCGGUUUAUCUCCCAUCUGGCUGCAAAGUGUGUUGCAGUACAUAUAGUCUACCAGCUCCAGACGUCUGGCACAGUCAGUCAAACUUGGCAACAGAAGUGUGUGCAAGUGUUUAAGAACUGCUGCCCCUGUAAUGGACUGGACUCAUGUAUGUGGUCACUCACCCAAGUUGUGAAAAAAACUCUCAAGGCGACCUGUGAGGGGAAACCAGAGAUCCUGGAGAAGCUCCUGGCAGAUUUUUACCCCUGUCUGAGUUCUCUGUGCUCAAAGUUGUUACCGGUGGAGGGGGGGCACUGCUGGGAGUCUGCAGUGUGUUUUAUCACACCCGGACACCGGGGGGCGACUUUAUCCACCUUCCUGGACCUGCUGGAAGUGCUCACAGCAACCAGGUUGUUAUGUGGAACUACUGUGUGUCUGCAGAGUCAGAGACUGGCAUAUAUACAUACCCCUGCGCUGCUGAGAAUAGUUCAUUCAGACUGCGACUACUUUGUGAAGAAGCGAGUGCUGUUGCUUUUAAAGAGAACCCUGCUUCAGAAGGCGGGAGAGGACAUGGCUUUGGGAGAGGUGUCGGCUGCUGCGCCGAAAGAUGAGAACUUUGCCACUGAUAUGACUACGCUAGCUGAGAGUGUGUUGCAGGCAGUCCACGCUGGCUGGCUGCAGUAUGUUCCAGUGGAGAAUGCCGCUUCGUUCUUUGGGCACGCCAGCCAAGUGUGCGUCGACGGUGGUCAGAAGUCAGACUACGGCAUGCUACGAGCCGUCAGUCUGGUCGUCCUCAAGUCACUGGAGUUUAAAAUCCAGUGUGCUGGUGAAACAGCUGGGGUUGACGGUGCUGUGAAAGUGCACCGGCAUCUGCAGGCUCUUUUGCAGUUCCUGAGCCAGCGAGGCGUCCCACUGAAGGAGUCCUCGCACCCUUGCACCUGGCACUUUCUGGUGUUUGGAGAGCAGGACGACGACAUGUUGGAGGCAGCUAAAGCUUUGUUCUCCCUAUUCCUCCAUCACAGAUCCUCUGAGUUGUGUGCUGCUGCAUCCGAAGCUGCUUGUGCAUCUGGAUUCAACCCUCACUGCCACUUUCUUCUUCUGCUCCAGAGCAUCUCCUUUGACCACAGCAUCCUCCUCGACUUUCUGAUCUCCACAGAAACUUGUUUCCUUGAGUAUAUUGUGCGUUACUUGAAGCAUCUCCGGGCUGACCGGGAAGGGUUCCUUCUGGCUCUUGUCAAAGAAUUGAGGGACUGGAGUGUCACCCUCAAGCUCAAGAGACACACCCUGUCUCAAAUAGUAGUGGUACAUCUGUCCAGCCAAGAUCUGGUCCAGUCCAGCCUUGGUGUCCAGCCUAUGGCCUGCAUCCCAUCAGUGGGUGAGGCCCGAUUGAACAUUGGGCUUUGCCUUGUGGACUAUGAGAGCUCAGAGGAGUCUGACACAGAUGAUAUGGAGGUUUCAAAAUAUUCAUUGGACACCAAAAAAGGAAAAAUGAGGCCACAGCCAACUGUGUCCAAUGAAAGCAGAUUACGUGACUUGGAUGCAAUACCAGGGACAAGUGGGCUGCCAGACUCACAGGCGCAAACACAGAUUGAAUGCAAGCCACGUGCCUCAACACCAGGGGCACAGACUGAGUCGAGGCCUAGAUUUGAAAGAACAACAAGAAGACUCUCGUCAACAUCAUCUCUACAAAUGACCCAGACUGGACAAACACCCUCUGCCCAAACAGAAUUAUCAAAGAGAACAGUGGUCUGCCUGUCCCAGCUCAGGGAGGUCGUGGCUAGGCUGCGGAUGAAGAACAUUUUCCCGUACAACCCCACCUGUCUUCUAAAGCUCUUGGACCAAUUUGAGAACGUGAGCUGUUCUUAGCAUCAGCCUCUCUCAACAGUGAAAUAAAUGUCAAACU